AUGCGAACAAAGAGGGUGUACAGGACAUGGAUUUAUACUGUGGUCAUCUCCAUGUUUGAAGCAUGGACUCAAGAUGCAGCAAUUAACCAUUUAAUCACUAUUUUUUCCGCCUCAGUCAACAGAGAUGUUGCUUUCAAUCUUGGGACCAACAUUAACCUGACCUGCACUAACAAGACAAGGGCUGACAUCGUAUUUAUAAUCUGGGAGAUUCACUUGAAAAACAAAAACUGUAAGAUUUCCUUUGUAUAUGACAACUCAGGUAUUGACUCUUGCAAAGAUGGAAAAUCUAUCCAAAAGACUUCCACCGGUCAGUUGUAUCUGCACGUCCCAAACCUUUCAGCUGACGAUGUUGGACUCUACCAGUGUGAGUCGGCUUACAAUGGAGGAAAUGAAAACUACAACAUCAAAGUGGCUGUGACAGUUCCUCCUGUUUUAUCUGCCUGGUUGGAGUGGAAGGGGAACAAAAUAGUGGCACUGUGCAGAGCUGAAAGAGGAACACCAGUUGCCAACAUAAGCUGGAGUUAUGGAGGCAGCUCAGAGCCUGCAGUGAAAACUCAGCUGGACCCAGAUGGAUUUGUAACAGUAGAGAGUCAUCUGGAGCUCCUGGAAGACGUCUGCCCAGAAGAACUGACCUGCAUUGUCCAGCACCGUUUCUGGGAUCAGGAAAAAAUUCUGGUACCGGAACUCAGAGAAGAAAAUUCGACUCUAUUGUGGAUGCGUGUCACUUUGGUGAUCAUCUUAACUUUAGCAGGCGUCUUUCUUUUAGCGCUAAAGACAUGCCGCUGUUCUCCUCAUAACACUUCACAACCCAAAAUACGAGCGCUGGACCUGGACAACAACCAAAAUGGGAGAAAGACUGAUGAUGCUAAUUAUUAGGAUUUUUAUUAAAAAUCUUGGAACAAUCAUCAGAUU